AUGGGAGAUAUUGCACAUAGACUUUCCUAUAAUUUAACUUACUUUCAAUCGAACUAUAUCAUUGUCGUUAUAGGAAUCACAAAUUUAUGGUUGCUUAUAACUAUUCUUUUCCUUCUUGGUGGCUUAAAUUAUAUUCGUAAACUACCUCCAAAUGAAGGACUAGUUAUUCAUGAUCGUACUAUCACUCAAAAACAAUUAUAUACGGGAUUGUUUGGUAUUUCCGUCCCGCUCUUGUGGAUAUCCUCAGCUGGUUCUACCAUAUUUUGGAUUAUCGGUGCUUCGGCUACAUUAGUAAUUGGACAUGCUGCAUUACUUGAACCAGGUGUUGAAGGAGGAUUUGCAUCCAAUGUUUAA